UGUACUUACCUGGCACAGGAGCGGGGAGGUGGAAGGGAUCCCUCACUUCUCUUACACUAACACGACUAGUGCUGGAUACAUACUAUUAUGUUCCGCUCAACCAUGGAGGGCACUUAGGUGAUAUGAAUGCCGAAGACUUGAACUUUGCUUUGUAAUGGGAUUUUCUAUCACCAGGCAUCACAUUUCUAAAUUAAAGAAAAACAGCAUUGAUCAUGAUCAUUUGAGAUACGUUAAGCAUUUCAUACAAACUUUUUUUUAACAAUUGAUACAACAAAUAAAAGUUGAAGCAGCGCGUCAUGGCCUUGACCACGUCUCCUGACAGAUGGCGGACAGCACCAGCUGAUUCAUUACACUACAUUUUACCACCAGCAUGCUGAUAGCAUGCUGGCAACAACAUCAAAUAAGAUGGUCACAAGUACAGCUGGUGAUAAAGGUGGUACCUGCAGCAGCCGGCUGGCGCCCAGACUGACCUCCUGAAGCCGGCCUCACCACCAAACUACCGUUGACGCCAUAACCAACACCGCUGCCAAACAGGUGUCACUUGAAAUAGUGCCCAGAGAAACAAUUGGCAUCUUUCUAGCCCAAGAUAAAGGUGUGAAGAGGAGACGGCGCAAGUAGCGUGCUGGGCUGGUGUACAGUAACUAGUGGUGUUGUGAGAACUACGAGGCUAGGCUCCUCUCCUCGGGAACAUACUCAACAACUCCACAAAUAUAAUAUAUUUUGUACAUUAAGGUAAAACGCUUUGAAUCGAAGUGAGCGCACGAAAAAGUGUUAGAAUUUUAACUGUGUUAACUAGUGAAUGAGAUACUAAAUGAACUAAUUGUAGCAUCGACAAAGAGCUGGGAGCCUAGCGCGUUUAGUCUUGCUCUCAAAAGUAAGCGCUUCUGGUAGCUUGCGGAUGGAGGCUUCCUUGUGUCUUACUGCACUAACAGCGACCCCCAUGCACUAUACAGUGACCUGUAGCGAGUCACACUCUCAUCUACCUCACUCUAAUGUAUAGUGAUUCGCUGGACAAAGAGCACAGCCAUAGAAAACAAUUCAGAAAUCUGAGCCAUCUUGAGGCGCGGGUGAUGCAAGGAGAGUGAGGAGGAGGAGGGCCGCCACACCAACAACACCGAAGCUUGGAAGAUGAAUUUUCUGUACUACAAAGGUUUCACAGAUGACAAGUCCAGUGCUUCCCACGUCGGCUACAAGAAGAAAAAGGAUCCCAGGAAGAAGAAUAAUGCCUUUCAACAUGGCUCUGAAGGACACGCCCUCGGGUGCGAUUGCGAGGUCUGCUCGACAGACUUCCCCCUACGAACUCACCUCCUCAUCGACAUGUCGUACUCCCGCCUCAAUCAGGACCAGACUUCGAAGUCCAGCACCACUUCGAGGUUCAGUUUCUUCACGCGGAAGAAGACGCCGAAUUACACCGCGGCUGACCACACCGCUGCGACCCUGGCCCUCCUGCAGGAGCAGCGGCGCCAGAGUGCUGCCAGGGCGCAGCAGCAGGCGGAGGCGGACGCCGUAGAAAUGGCCGGCGGUUCCCAGGACCCCGUGACGCUGAGCAGCUUGAAGCAGGACUCUCUGAUGAUCCCUGUGGCGCGCAUGGCUCACUUCUUCCCUGCGGGUCACCCUCAGAUCCCAACAGCUUCGACCCAGGGGCGUCUGCGGCUGUUGGAGGUGCCCGAGCAGCAGUACCAUGUUGUCUUCCAUAUGAUGGGGCACGCUGUUCACGUCACCCCCGCCCUCUGCUCCCCUCUCCACGACCUCUACCUCCACCACCGGGACCAUAUUGUUAAGGCAUUCAAGGCAGCGGUGGCUGGAGCGGGUGUGAGCAGUGGAGCCUUGCAGGGCAUGGUGCUGCUGAACCUGGAGCGUGGCGGGGAGAUGGGGGCAGUGGAAUUCCCGUUCAUGAUGAUGUGGGUGGUGGACGGGCGGCAGUGUGACGCCCAUCAGGUCAUUGCUAAGGUCCGGAACCACAGCCUCACUGCCCUUGACCCGGCCAAGACCGGCUUCACCUGCCCCCACUACUUCGACACCUUCGAGGAGGUCGCCACUUUGGCUCGUCCCCCCCUGGAGAAAAUCCCGCGCAAGGCGACGACGGCCUCAACUGGUUAUAUUAUAACCGUCUUCAAAGUCUUCGAGGGAGACGACGGAGUCAAGUUCGAACGGAACUGGCUGGCUUGGACCGGAGCAAAGACUCUUUACAAGAGCCUCACCAACGAAGUGGGUCUUCGGCGGCUGACGCUACACAAGUCGAAGCCUCAGAACGGCUGUCUCCACUACGUUCUCCUCUGUGACUGUUCCAGCUUCCUUACCUGCAUCCACCAGGCGGUUAAGGCUAUUCCCGCCCUCCGUCUGCGUCUUUGUGGAGACAUGGGUCUUUACAGACCAAUCGCUACCUUCUGAUCGAGGCUAGCGUAGACGACAAGACCCACCGCUGCCUUCUGGGGCUCACGUAGACGACAAGACCCACCACUACCUUCUGGGGCUCGCGUAGACGACAAGACCCACCGCUGCCUUCUGGGGCUCAUGUAGACGACAAGACCCACCACUACCUUCUGGGGCUCGCGUAGACGACAAGACCCACCGCUGCCUUCUGGGGCUCACGUAGACGACAAGACCCACCACUACCUUCUGGGGCUCGCGUAGACGACAAGACCCACCGCUGCCUUCUAGGGCUCGCGUAGACGACAAGACCCACCACUACCUUCUAGGGCUCGCGUAGAUGACAAGACCCACCCUACCUUCUGGGGCUCGCGUAGACGACAAGACCCACUACUACCUUCUGGGGCUCUCGUAGACGACAACACCCACCGCUACCUUCUGGGGCUCUCGUAGACGACAACACCCACCGCUACCUUCUGGGGCUCUCGUAGACGACAACACUCACCGCUACCUUCUGGGGCUCUCGUAUACGACAAGACCCACCGCUAUCUUCUGGGGCUCUCGUAGACGACAACACCCACCGCUACCUUCUGGGGGCCUCGUAGACGACAAGACCCACCACUACCUUCUGGGGCUCUCGUAGACGACAACACCCACCGCUACCUUCUGGGGCUCUCGUAGACGACAACACCCACCGCUACCUUCUGGGGCUCUCGUAGACGACAACACUCACCGCUACCUUCUGGGGCUCUCGUAUACGACAAGACCCACCGCUAUCUUCUGGGGCUCUCGUAGACGACAACACCCACCGCUACCUUCUGGGGCUCUCGUAGACGACAACACCCACCGCUACCU